UUUUUGCAAAUAUGAAAGACUGAAAUUAUUAUUGAAUAAUAACAAAUAAGGGAUUUUUUUUUUUUUGGAAGAAUAAUAAACUUUAGAAAGAAAGUACGAAAAUUCUUUUGAUUGAAUUUAUUAGAAAUAAAAAAGUAAAAAUUGAAAAUUAAAAAUUAAAUUUGAGAGCAGGAAACUAUUCCCUCUCCCUUGCAAUUAAAGUGAAAUUAAUAUUGGAAAUUCUUUUAAGUAAUGAAGAUGCAACCAGAUAACGAAGGCAACUUACUUGAAAUUAUUGAUUUAGCUCAUACUUUGCGACAGGAGCAGUUGUUUAUACGACACGAACAAGAAUCAUUUAAUAAUUUAAGGAAAACUUUUGCAAAUAAUUCUGCUAAAAUAGCUCAGCUUGCUUGGGUAUGUGCUCAGCAUAAACAGAAUCUCUCUACAUUGGUUGUAACACGGAAAGAUAUCGAUCCAUCAGUAUGCUGUAAUAGGGCGAAUCGUUUAGAACAUACUAGAUUUGUAGAAGCACAUAAAUCGCAAUCAUUAAAAUAUGAACAUGUUAUUUCUUACGGAAAAUUAUUUGAUUUUUUAUACAAGUCACCAUAUUUACUAGCACAAAGUUUAGCAGCAGGUGAUCGAAUAUCCAAAAUAUCAAAUGAACAAAAAAACUCAGUUGUACAUACAAUUGCUACUGGUCUUUAUGGAAAUGUUAUUCAUUCUAAAGAUAUAGAAAUGAUAUUAAAGUUGCUUAGAGAAUUAAUGGAAAUUCAAAUAGUGAUAAGUGAUAAUCCACGUAAAACUCUGAGAACAGGUUGUUCUGCUUUCGCGAGAUUGUAUAAUCGUUUGUUGGAGUCAUUAUUUUCAGCAAAAAUUUUUUUAACAGCUGCAUUGUAUGAACCGAUAAUGAAAGUACUUAUCGAAAGUGAAAUCGCUUUGGAUAUUGAUCCUUUAAAAGCUCUAAGUAGUUAUUCUUAUAAGGAAAAAUUGAAAAGGUUUGGGGAAGAAAGUGAUUCGAAUUAUAACGCAAAUAUUGAAAAAUAUCGCAACGAGACAAUUCAUAAUCUAUAUGUGUUGGCAAAUUUUUUUUUAAAUUCUCUAAUUAAAAAUUGGCCGCUUUUUCCAUCAACAUUACGUUGGUUAAUCCAAACAAUGUGUCACCAAUUAAAACAAGCACAUAUCAAUGACAAAAAUAUCAAUGAAAUAUUAACAGAUAUGGUUUUCACACAUUUUAUAUGCCCUGCAAUUGUAAGUCCAGAAACAAAUGGUAUUUCUGAUGCCCCUAUAUCAGAACAAGCAAGAUUCAAUUUAAUACAAAUAGGACAAAUUAUACAAAUGCUUGCUUUAAUGAAAUAUGAAGAUGUUGAUCCAAAAUUUAGUGAUGUUUACCAAAAAUUUGAUGUAAAUAUUGUAUCAAAUCUCUUAGAACAAUUACUAAUAACUGAUAACGGAGAAGUUAAUAGUGUUGUGGCGAUAAGAUCUCAACAAAGUGAUUUUGAGCGUGCACACGUUUUGAUGACACACAAAGAACUAGUUUGUUUGGUUGAGUUUUUUAAAAUUGUAAUGAAUGAUGAAAUGAGUAUAUCUGAAGAAGACAAAAGUAAGUUAAACAAAAUAUUGCAUGACUUACCUGAUAAGUUCGAAAGUUCGAUGAAUGGCGACAACAUAGGAUCAAAUUACACAUCUGUAUCCCCGCAUCAUGAAUCCGGUAGCCGUGCAAAACAAAGUUUACUGAACCUUGGAAAGAGUACGAAAAACAAAAUAGCCAAAACAAUAAGUUUAAAUAUAAAUGGAAAUGCUUAUAAUGACAAUGAUGUGGACAAUUGUUCUUCUAACACCAAUAGCAAUGCAGAUGGAAUGUUGAAUUCGAAUGGUACUAUCACUAAUGGAAAUUCUAUUUUUAAUGAAGAUAAUGAGCUUGUUCUUGUUUUCGAAAUAUCAAUAUCGGAUGAAAAUAAAUUUCAGUUACUAACAGAAGAGGAUUUUUUAAAAAUGAAUAGUAUAGGACAGGAAAUCGAUGAUCCAGCUCUAAUAGAAGAAAAUAUUGAAAAACUGGACAAAAUAGAUGGUUAUAGCGAUCUAGUAGUUAGCGGUAUACGUCCGACACAAACUAAAAAUACAAGAUUUUCAUUAUCACAUGAUGACGCAUCAAUUGGGAAUUCUGAUAAUUUAGAAGCAGUUAGUGAAGCUCCAAGCAAUCAUUCGGUUACAAGUUCUUUAGAAUUGGAAGAAAACGAUCAGAAUGAUAAUCUUUCAGAUAUGGUUUCAGCUAAUGUUUCUGGGCGAGGUACGCCUAAUAUAUCAGGUAGAGACACCCCAUCGUCACAAGUAACUGAUGGUGAUAAUACCGCCCAGAUUCCAAAUCCACAAAUGGCAAAAAUUAUUAAUAAAGCCCGAUCGGAAAUAGAAGAUAAAUUUUGUAAAUUUGAAAUUAAAAAGUUAAUUGAAGGGGAUGAAACAGUUUCUAUAAUAUCUGAUACUUGGAGCACUGAUGUACUCGCAAGUGAUUCUGAAACUUUAGAUGCUAAUGAGCGGGAUAGAAAUUUUUCUACACCACUAAUACCUUCUAGCGUUGUUUUGCCAGGGGACAAUAACUUCGAUGUUUUAAGCAGCUCAAGACCGCGUGGUGGAAGUGCAGCUUAUAUAGAGAUUUCUGAAACUAGAUCCGAAUCGGCAUGGAGCACAGAUGUUUUAAUUAGUGAUUCAGAAAAGUUAAAUGAAGUUGAUACAGAUGACAACUUAAGUAUUACUGCAAAAUCAGAUAUAACUGACGCAGGUGGUAGAUCUGAGGGUGAACCCAGCAGGAGUGAUUUAGAAAAUUUGGGUAACGCUAACAAUAGCGGAAAUGAGAUUGAUCGUGAGGGCGAACCUAUUAUUAAACCAAAUCGGACCCCGGACUCCCCCUAUUUUGCUCCACGUACUAGCUCAAACUUCCACCACACGCCAGAUUCUCCUAUCUACGUUGUAAGAGAAAACGUUGAACCUCCCUUCUUUCCUUCAACAAAUUCUUAUGAAGAUCCGAAUCGUGAAGCGAGUCGAUUUGCCAGUCCUGUUUCUUCAUUAGCCAGAAGUUCCGCUCGAACUUCAAACCAAUACUCGAAUGAAAACAAUUUUCAGCAGAACUAUAAGAGCUCUGGUGUUGAUAAGUCAAAUUUCUUACCUGUUGCAUCUAAUGUAAGUAAAAUGAGGAGACAAAAUUCGGCUGAAAGCAGUAUUUCCAAUCAGAGUUCUAACUUGGAUGACAAUUUCGAAAAGCCAUAUUCCUCUGACGUUAAAAUCAGAAAUCAUCAUCGAAAAGAAAAAAAGGAAGCCGUAAGGAACUCUUCUAAGGACUUGAUAGACUUUAGUGAUUACACUGAACAGGAUGGUGCAUACGGCGUUACCGUUGACUGCGAUUCGAAUAGUAAUUCAAACAACAGAAACAAAUCUCAAGAUCCCUUUAAUUUUUAUGAUAAGUUUAGUGAAGAGCAUGUUAUACAUCGCCGAACGUCAUCAGAAAACCGUAACGCAAGUUUUGAUGGCCGUCGUAAUGGAAUGAUGGAAUUUAGAGCUGGUGACUCUUCAAAUAAAUCGAAGUCCCGACGUCAUCAAAGUUUGAAUUAUGAAAAUCAUGAAAUAAUUAUCAAAAAAACGACAACACCGCAAAAGGUUGUUGAUUUGCAAGAGCCAUUGAAUGGGGAAUUAAAUAUAUCUUUAACAGAUGAUAUAAAAUCUCAAAAUGCUUUAGUUGAUGAAAUGUUAAUAAUACAAAAAACCGAGGCACUAACAUUGGAUCAAGGUAAUAUUGAAGAUAAUAACCAAUCUCAUAACGGGGUCUGUAUUGACAUAAUAGAGCCUUUAGAAAAUGAUGCGGGUCAUAACACAAAUGGAAUCUCUGGUAGUGGCUUAAAACCUUCGAAAUCCACCGGAGCCAUUCCAAAAAGCAUAAGCUUUGAUGCAUCUGCUGACAAAUCCUCGAGAAACUCCAAUGCAAGGCGUAUGAAUGAUCCACUAAGAACAAGCUUUUUUACAAAAAUUAAACAGGGAUUCAAGAAUCGAAGACAACAUAAAUCAAGAAAUCAUGAUGAAAUGAUUUCUAAUGUAAGAAAUGUUUCAUUUGGUGUCAUAUAUGAUGGAAAUAGUGAUGAGUUGAAAAUUCGAAAUGGGAUUGAUUGUUCAUUUUCUAUUACGGGAGGAGAUAUGACUGAAGAUAUUUUAGCCAAAUAUCGAAGGAAAGUUUCAACAUCAAGUGAAACAACAAAUUCUGAUUCAACUGGCAAUAGUUGUUCCGUAAAUCGAAAAAAUUCCGAUAUUGAAUCGAGGCCAAUCAAUGGUAUUUUAAACGACAAAAUGAUUGCAUUUCUUCAUGCAAAGAGGAAAAUCCGGACAGUUCUGGCAAAAACAGAUUUGCAUACUGGGGAUUUCCGGCAUACGACACAUUCAAACUCAUCGCCUUUAUUAGUUUAUCUACAAAUUCAAUUGGCUCAGGCAUUGAACUUGCAAGAUUUUACUCAAAUAUCUUAUGUUUCUGAAGCAAUUAGAACAUUAAGUUCUUUGGAUAUGUCACAGCAUGUAAAAUUAACGGAAGAAUUACAGGGUGAUAUAUUAAAACGUCAAAGUUAUUUGCAAUAUUUAAUGCGAUAUCGUCAAAAUUUACUUUCUACAAUUGAAAAUUUAAAUCAAUUUCGAAAUCGAUUACGAAAUGAUCAACAAAUGUGCAAUCGUCAUCUAAUUUCUGUGUGUGUUCGAAUGUUUUUAGAGAAACGGGAACCAUCAAUUGGAAAAUUUCAAACAGAAUUUUGUAAAUUAACAGUAGUUGAUGAGAAAAUUGAUUUAUUGCAAGAAUUUAUUGAUAAUUUAAUAAAAGAACUCAAGUUAGACGGUUUAUUAUUUAAUAUGGUCGAAUGGCAAUUAAAUGAAGCAAAAAUUUCAAUUGAAAGAAUACUUUUACAGCGUUUAUAUAAGCAUGUUAUGUUUCCUAAUGAAGAUGGAGAUAUUUCAAGAGAUAAAGUUUUUCAAGAACAUAUACGUAAAAUACAGAAAAUCAUAACGCCUCACCAUAAAGCCUUACGCAUUUCGGAUGAAUAUUUAAGUGAAGCACCAUGGCCAUUUGCACAAAAGCAAAUAGUUUAUAUAUCGGCAUAUAAAACUCCGGCAGAAAAAUUUGAAUGUAUAAAAAGAUGUAUUACAAGUAUUAUGAAUUUAUUAUUGAUGGCUUGCGAUCGUAUUCCAGCAGCAGAUGAUAUAGUACCAGUUUUAAUUUAUGUUAUAAUAAUGGCAAAUCCACCAUAUUUAUUAUCAACCAUUCAAUAUAUUGAUUGCUUUAUUCGUAAUGAAUUGGAAGGUGAAGAUGAAUAUCAAUGGACACAAUUUUGUUCUGCAGUCGAGCUCAUUAAGACUUUAGACUACUCAGAUUAGACUUAAAGAAUAUAAUUUUUUUAUUUUUUUUUCUACAAUAUUUUAAUACAUAUGUUUUCAUUUAUUUUUCUUUCUUAAUAACAAAUAAUUAAAAAAGAAAAUAAAAAAAAAGAAAUUAAACAAUAAAAUAGGAAACAAAUAAUGGAAUAAUGGAUUGAAAAACAUUUAAUAGCGGUGUUUUCUAUAAUUAGAAAAUAUUAUUACGAAUAUUAGAAAUAGUGAAAUUAAAAGAUUUAAAACAAUAAUUAGAUUAAUAACACAACAUAUUUAUACAACAUAAAUAUAAAAAAAAAAUAUAGUUUUGGAUAAAAAAUUAUUGAAUUAUUAAUGGUAAAAUUAAGUAAAAUCAAAAAUAUUCAUAAAUACUUUCGUUUUGUAGAGAAAUUAGAAUGUUUUUCUUUUUUUUAAUUGGAUAAGUACCAAAAAAAAAAAAAAUUAACUAAUAUAUUUUUAUUACUGUAUGGAAAAAUUGCGAAAUGAAUUAAAAUUUAUAUAAAUUAUUAUUAUUC